AAAAAGAGAAAAAUAAUAAUCUGUACAAAGCAGCAGUGAAAGAGAGAGAUACAUUCAAAGAAGAAAAAGAGAGGGUCUUGGUUGAGAAAGACAAAUUAGAGGGAAAACUUCAGUUAUUUCAACUUGAAAAAGACCAUGCGAAUAGCAGAUUUAAACAACUUAAUGACAAUAAAGACAAAUUAGAAGAAGAGAAAAAUAAGAUUCUCAAAGAGUAUGAAGAUAUAAAAAACUGCCAGAAACAAUUACAGGAGCAGCGAGAUAUAGCUAUGAGAGAAAAGAAUGAAGCCUUAGCAAAAACUCAACAGAGUGAAAUGAAAAUAAGUACGUUGCAAGAAGAGUUGUCCAGGUCUAAAAAGGAAAGUGAGAAACAAUCGGAAAUUGUGCAAAAACUUAAAGAAGAACGACAACAAGGAGCACAAGAUUUGAGAUCGCAAUUAGAAUCAGCAAAAGAAUGUCUAGAAGAUAAGGAAAGAAAAAUGUUGGAAAUAGAAACAGAUAAAAGUAAUAUGAAAAAAGAGUUAACAGAGCUGCAGACAGCAAAGGAGGAAAAACAACAGUUGGAAGAGGCUCAUAUGCUUUUGAAGAACCAAUUAGAGGAAUUAAAAAUGAGGGAAAACAAUCUCAGGCAGGAAUUCAGUGGUGAGAGAGAAUCAUUACAAAAGAGUUUAGACACAACAAAUGAUUUAAUUUAUCAAAAAGACAAAGAAAUAGACAAGCAGAAAACAGAGAUAGCAUACCUCAAGGGUGAAAACGCAAUGGUGAAAAGUUACAAAUCAUCAAUAGAGAAUUUAGAACAAGAUAAAAAGCAGUUAAAUCAACAAAUAGCAGAAUUACAAGCAGCAUUGAUGGAGGCACAAAAUAAACAAAUGGAAAGCAGCAUCCCAGCCACCACCCCAACCAAUCAUACAAAUGGGGAUUCAAUGAUAGCACAAUUAAAAGAAGAAAAAGAGUUCGCUGAUAGCCAGGUGAACUUUUUGAAUAGUGUUAUUGUGGAUAUACAGAAGAAAAAUGAAGAAUUACAAGCAAGGCUAGAUGCAAUCGAUGAAAGUGGAAUUAAUGGAGAUGAUGAUUAUGAGUUUGAUUAUGAUGAUAUGGGUAGAAGAAUGCCAGCACCUCGGUUAUUUUGUGAUAUCUGUGAUGAAUUUGAUCUACAUGAUACAGAUGAUUGUCCACAGCAAACUAUGUCAGAUAGUCCACCACCAACACAGUAUCAUGGAAAUAGAAGUCAAGAAAGACCAUACUGUGAUUCAUGUGAAAUGUUUGGUCAUUGGACAGACGAAUGUGAUGAUGACCAGACUUACUAG